AUGAAUAUUCAUGAGCUUGUAGUAAUAGAUGAGGAAGAAAAAGAUACAGUCAAUGAAGUAAUUACCGAAAAUGAAAUAGAAAAUAUGAAUAGUAGAAUAGUAAGUGAAGAUGAAAAUGAAAAUAGAUUCAGUGAUGCUAGUGAUAAUGAAAAUAGAUUCAGUGAUGUUAGUAAAAGAUUUAGUGAAACUAGUGAAAAUGAAAAUAGAUUUA